UCCGGCUGGGCCCCAGCAGCGGCUCACUCUGCUCCCCCGGGUCGGAGCCCCCCGGAGCUGUGCGCGGGCUUCCAGCACCUCGCCUGCGCGGUUUUCCCAGUGCCCGGCUCUCCAAGCCCACGAGCAAAACGAGAGGACCCGGGACGAGCUCGGGCUCAGGCUGCCUCGCGCUUCCUCGGCUCUGCCCCAUCCGCCCCCCGGGGGUCGCUGGUCCACGAUGCCGCAGGGCCCUGGUUCGCUGCUGCUGCUGGUCCUCGCCUCGCACUGCUGCCUGGGCUCCGCGCGCGGGCUGUUCCUCUUCGGCCAGCCCGACUUCUCCUACAAGCGCAGCAAUUGCAAGCCGAUCCCGGCUAACCUGCAGCUGUGCCACGGCAUAGAGUACCAGAACAUGCGGCUGCCCAACCUGCUGGGCCACGAGACCAUGAAGGAGGUGCUGGAGCAGGCGGGCGCCUGGAUCCCGCUGGUUAUGAAACAGUGUCACCCGGACACCAAGAAGUUCCUAUGCUCGCUCUUCGCCCCGGUCUGUCUCGACGACCUAGACGAGACCAUUCAGCCUUGCCACUCGCUUUGCGUGCAGGUGAAGGACCGCUGCGCCCCGGUCAUGUCCGCCUUCGGCUUCCCCUGGCCCGACAUGCUCGAGUGUGACCGUUUUCCCCAGGACAAUGACCUCUGCAUCCCCCUGGCUAGCAGCGACCACCUCCUGCCGGCCACCGAGGAAGCUCCGAAGGUAUGUGAAGCCUGCAAAAAUAAAAACGAUGAUGACAACGACAUAAUGGAAACUCUCUGUAAAAAUGAUUUUGCACUGAAAAUCAAAGUGAAGGAGAUAACCUACAUCAACAGAGAUACCAAAAUCAUUCUAGAGACCAAGAGCAAGACCAUUUAUAAGCUGAACGGUGUGUCCGAAAGGGACCUGAAGAAAUCUGUGCUGUGGCUCAAAGACAGCCUGCAGUGUACCUGUGAGGAGAUGAACGACAUCAAUGCGCCGUAUCUGGUUAUGGGACAGAAACAGGGUGGGGAGCUGGUGAUCACCUCAGUAAAGCGGUGGCAGAAGGGGCAGAGAGAGUUCAAGCGCAUCUCCCGUAGCAUCCGAAAGUUGCAGUGCUAGUUCCUGCCAUGCGCAGCUUGCCGCUAGCCAGGCCCGGGGCUCAGUGGACCACUUCUGCUCUGCGACCUCAGUUCAUUUCCCAAGCACAGUCCAGGAAGCUCCAGCCCCAGCCUCAGCCUGGAGCAGCUUGCCUUGCUCUUGCAUUUGUGUAUCCCCAGCAUGUCCUGGUUAUAAGGCCCUAGAAGGCCUCAGGAAUGGAGAGCUGUUUUCACAUAAAGCAAAAGCCCACCCAAAUCUUGUAGAAAUAUUCAAACUAAUAAAAUCACGAAUAUUUUAUGAAGUUUUAAAAUAGUUCAUUUUAAGGUUAGCUUUGAAUAGAUGGCACUGUGACUUAGCAUUUUCCCUGUUUGGUCAGUCAUUUGGUUUUUACUGUGCACUGAGGUUCACAUGCAAAGUGUUUCAUUUUUCUCUGUGGCCCAAACUUGUGGGUUAUAGACUUGGUUGAGAUAAAGCGGGCUGUUAUCUCAACACCUUCCUCGGCUCCAGCCUAAGACUGGGUGCCUAAGUCUUACCACAUUUCAUUUGUCAUUGAACACCUUCAUUAGGAACUUAAACUGUUGCUCAGAGUGUUGCAUGUAUCACAUUCCACUACAGAAUUUCACCUUAUAAAAAGCACAUUAGCCAUUCCUCCUAGCAUGAUGCCUUCAAACCAAGGGCCAAGUAAAUAAAUUUUAUAAAUUGACUUGAGUACUUUAAGCUUUGUUUAAGACGUUUUUUUACUCCGUUUUUGCGAAUUAAACCAUUGUAGCCUACCUGUAAUAUACAUAGUUUACCUUUAAAAAAGUUGUAAAAAUAUUGCUUUAACCAACACUGUAAAUAUUUCAGAUAAACAUUAUAUUCUUUGUAUAUAAACUUUACACCCUGUCG